AUCACAAGAUCUUUGGUUGUGGAUUUACUGUGCUAUUUAUGUGUGUGUGUGUGGGUCGGUCCCAAAUUUACAUGAUAUCGUAAUAUCCGUACAGAAACAAGAGUAGUUCUCAUCUGAUUCAAAAUGUCGGGGAAAGAAAGAAUUGUAAUUUUCCCUUCGCGUAUGGCGUUGACCAACAUGAAGGUGCGAUUGAAAGGGGCUCAGAAAGGUCAUAGUCUCCUGAAGAAGAAAGCUGAUGCUCUGUCUUUAAGAUUCAGACAAAUCUUGCAUAAGAUCAUAGAGACAAAGACAUUGAUGGGUGAAGUUAUGAAGCUAGCAUCUUUAUCUCUUGCAGAAGCUAAGUUCGCCUCUGGUGAUUUUAAUCACAUGGUGCUUCAAAAUGUAACAAGAGCCAAAACUAAAGUGAGGUCCAAGAGAGACAACGUUGCAGGUGUUCUUCUCCCAGUCUUUGAGCAUUACACUGAUGGUGGUGACACAUACGAGUUGACAGGGUUAUCCAGAGGUGGUCAACAAAUAGACAAACUCAAGAAGAACUAUGACAAAGCAGUUCAACUAUUGGUGGAGCUAGCGUCGCUGCAGACAUCGUUUGUGACUCUUGAUGAAGUGAUUAAGAUCACUAAUAGACGUGUGAAUGCUAUUGAACAUGUUAUCAUUCCGCGUAUUGAGAACACAAUCGCUUACAUCACCACCGAGCUAGAUGAGAGAGAGCGUGAGGAGUUUUACCGUCUCAAGAAGAUUCAAGAAAAGAAGAAGAUCAUCCGGAAGAGAAAGGAGGCAGAGCUUGAGGCUCGUAAGAAAGCAGGUGAAGACUUUAGUGAAGGAGGUAAUCUUAUAUCAGAUGAAAGAGAUGAAGAUUUAUUAUUUGAGACUUGAUAGAAAUAGUCAACUAGUAGGAUGUAAAAGCCCCACUUCCUUUUGGAAAUGUCAAAAUAUCAAUAUCUUUAAAUUGAUCUGUCUCUAAGGCAUUCCCUUUAAUGUUUAUGAAAACCAUGUUUUUUUUUCUGUUACUAGCUCUGUAUAUUACAAUCGAUAAUGAAAUACAUUAAAUAUAGACCCUUCCCAUGAAAUAUCCUAAUUACAUUCACGCAUGCGAACAGACACUAUUGGUUGGCAAACACCUUAGAGAUGUGCACUAAGCAGACGCACAACAAGUCUGUGUCAUGCCACCAUCAUCCCCAUACAAAAUGGAUGGAUGUUCCUUCAUUUUGCCAACCAGUGUUAGUUGGGCAUGUUAGUUGAGCAUGUGUGACAUGCAAUUUACAUAUUUCGUGGAACUGGUCUAUUAUACGUUAUUGUUUCAAACUUUCUUUUUUUGUGUUUGUGGAAAGUUUUGACGAACAAAUAACUUUACGUACCACUUUACCAAAGGAAAUUAGGGCUUAAACUAACUUGAAAAUGUAAUACAUCAACACUAGAGGGCGCUAUUCCCACAACCCUUGUAACCUAGUCAUGAGCUACUCUGAUGAAUAAACGUGUAUCUGGAAGUUAUACUCUGUGAAGUUAUACAAUAAUAUAUGAAUGUCUACAUGUGUUAACUGUUUUAAGAGUUUUUGUGUGGUGCUCUUGACAACUUAACUGUAAGACUUCAAUUAAACUGAUUAUCUUUGUAUCAUCUCAUGGUGAAAGUUGUUUUUAUAUUAUUGUUGUUAUGGAGACUUUUAGGGAUGACUUAUACACUCUGCACAAUUGUGCGCACAGCUGAAAAUUGGAAAAUAGUGAGAAUUUUAAUCUUUUUUUCUCUUCCCCGUUCUUGACAAAGUUCUUGAUAUUUAUUUGGUGUUUGUCUUCAAUGGUUUCAUUCUUUCUGGUUAUUUAACUAAUAGGUUUUCUCAAAAGAAAUCCUGUAUAAGGUUGUUCACACCUAUGUCUUGGCAUUAUUACACACUAGGGUGAUGUACGAGUGUAAAGUGCUGUAAUUUAAGCAUUGAAGAUGAGCGUUAGUAAAGUACUCGUUUCUGUUGGUUGGGGUGUCGGGAUAACUAAACAAAUGACUAUUGGUAACAAGGAUGAUUAUAUAAUAUAAUAUUUUUAUUUAUAAAAUUCUUAUGUCAAACUGCUAUAAUGGUACUAUUAUUAUUAUCACAUGGCCGAUUGUUAAUAUAAUAAUAACUGCAUCCAGGAUAAAGUAAACUGUUUUUUGAGUAACCUUACAUCACUGUGAGAUUAGCAAAAUAGUCUUUGCUUUCUGAUUACUGUAGAAAAACCUCAAGAGGCAACUCUGGUAGGAUUCAAACCCACUACCCAGGGCCUGCAACUCUGGUAGGAUUCAAACCCACUACCCAGGGAUGAUUUUCCUUAAUUGUGUAGAGCAUAUGCAAACUCAAGAGUUUUGCAAACUCAAUAGUUAUAGAAAUGAUUCAAUAGUUGUAAAGAUUGUGUACACCUACCCAGCCGUGUAUAAUAUUUAAGGCAAAUUAAAAACUGAUUAAUUCAGAUCAUGGUGUGAGACAGAACUUUGAGAUGGUGCCUUGUAUGAAAGGUCCAUCUUGCAGACGUCCAGUCUAUUCCCUCUGACUAACACAAAUGGUUUUGUUUAAACUCUUUAAGAGGAUAAAGAUGAAAAAUUGCAUCAAAGACAGUCAUACUGUUCGUCUGUAAGGAAUGUUUUAGCAGUUGGAGAUAUAUGGUAUAUUGAUACUAUUGCAACUAUAUUGUAUUUAAUGUAAUAAAAAUAGAAGGUUAUGUAAUAUUAUUGACAUAUGCUAAGUCUAUUGGCUAACUCGAGUUGUCUACUAUUAUAUGUCAUGGAAACUAAAAAUAAAUACCAAUGAUUAUAUGAAACUGUA